AAAGAACAUAAAGUAUCUUCUUGUUUUACCCAAUUUCAAGGCUACAGACAGUGCUUUGUGACAGAGCCUUACAGGGUCCCUUAGUGGAGCACAGUUCUCUAGGUGUGCAACCUGUGUCAGGGCUCCACAUGUUCUAAGAUGGCUGCACAUCGGAGUUGGCUUCUUGUGAGUUUCAUUCUCCUUGAGGUUCUUCUCUUGGAGGCUGCAAAAAUCCUGACUAUAUCUACACUGAGUGCCAGCCAUUAUAUACUGAUGAACCGUGUGUCGCAAAUUCUGCACGGAGGUGGCCACAAUGUAAUCAAACUUCUUUACGAAGGUGGUGAUAUCCCAGAUUUUAGAAAGGAAAACUCAUCAUACCAGGUUAUUAGUUGGCGUCUACCUGAAGAUCAGCAAAAGACACUUGAUAAUAGAUGGCAUCGGCUUAUAGAAGAAUAUGCUUAUGGAAGGUCCAAAUAUCACACCCUACUAAAGAUUCAUCAAAACUUUGGGGACUUAUGCAGUCACUUAUUAAGCAGAAAGGACAUCAUGGAGUUAUUACAAAAGGAGAACUUUGACCUAGUACUUCUUGAUUCAAUGGAUAUCUGUUCUUUCCUGAUUGUUGAAAAGCUUGGGAAACAAUUUGUGUCCUUUCUUCCCUUUCAAUUUAGCUAUAUGGACUUUGGGUUACCAAACGCCCCCUUGUCCUAUGCUCCAGUGUAUGGUUCUGGUCUAACUGACCAAAUGGACUUUUGGGGCCGAGUGAAGAACUUUCUGAUGUUCUUUCAUUUCUCCAAGAAGCGAAGGGACAUCUUUUCUCAAUAUGGCAAUACUGUCCAGGAGCAUUUUGCGGAAGGCUCUCGACCAGUGUUGUCUGACCUUCUACUGAAAGCUGAGCUGUUGUUUGUCAACUCUGACUUUGCCUUGGAUUUUGCUCGUCCCCUGUUUCCCAACACAGUCUAUGUGGGAGGUUUACUGGACAAACCUGUUCAGCCCAUAUCCCAAGACUUGGAGGAUUUUAUCUCUCAGUUUGGAGACUCAGGUUUUGUCCUUGUGGCCCUGGGCUCUAUAGUGAGCAUGAUUCAGUCCAAGGAAAUUAUUAAGGAGAUGAACAGUGCUUUUGCUCACCUCCCUCAAGGGGUGCUAUGGACAUGUAAGGAUUCUCAUUGGCCCAAAGAUGUCAGUUUGGCCCCAAAUGUGAAAAUCAUGGAUUGGCUUCCACAGACUGACCUUCUGGCUCACCCUAGCAUUCGUCUGUUUGUCACCCAUGGGGGGAUGAACAGUGUAAUGGAGGCUGUCCAUCAUGGAGUACCGAUGGUAGGGAUUCCAUUUUUUGGAGACCAACCUGAAAACAUGGUCCGAGUAGAAGCAAAGAACCUUGGUGUUUCUAUUCAGCUACAGACGCUCAAGGCAGAGUCAUUUGCGCGCACCAUGAAAGAAGUCAUAGAAGACAAGAGGCACUCCCACCCACUGACCCCUGCCCAGAGGCUUGUGGGCUGGAUAGAUCACAUCUUGCAGACAGGGGGUGCAGCACAUCUCAAGCCAUAUGCUUUCCAGCAGCCAUGGCACCAGCAGUACAUGCUGGAUGUAUUCUUCUUUCUGUUAGGACUCACACUGGGUACCUUGUGGCUUAGUGUAAAGGUUCUUGUUACUGUAACCAGGUAUCUGAGUGGAGCAAGGAAGGUCAAGCAGGCAUAAUGCUAAAAUGCUGGGCUUGGCUCUGGUGUGGGGAUAGGAGGUCUGUGGCUCUUCAGAGGCCUUCCAUAAUUCAGUACAUAGCAACUCUAGCAUUCUCUGCCUCCAUCUUCUACAGAUGCAUCUGAGUUGUUACCUCACACUUUUGGCCCCUUUGCUUCUUGUUUUCCUCUUGUGACCUUCAUUCCUACUUAGAUAUAAACAACUUGCAUCAUGUGUUUCUCCUCUCACUCAUUUAUCCUAAACACACACUGCUUCAAUAGGCUGUUUGCCCCAUGGCUCCUCAUGUUCUUCCUCUCUUUAUCCCUUCUAUCAUUUGGGAUUAACACCAUAUUUGUGCAUUUUUUCUCUUGUUCUUCUUCUCUUUUACAAUAAACACUCUUUAGAGCUCAGAACACCUGCUCUGCCUUACUCCUCUAUUUCCCUCAGGCCUGGGCAGCAAUAAUUCUGUAUUAUAUAUGAAUUUAUCUAAUAAUGUGUGAAGCAGAAAAAUAUAAUAAUUAUUGUUUGGUAAAAUCAGCAUAAAAAUGAUAUGCAACUGAAA